UAUUCAAUCCAUGCACAUAACUUACAACAAUUCAUAUAAACACAUCAAACCCUCACAAAACCUUAACUUCCAACAAUUCAUAUAAACACAUUUCAAAACCUUCUCAUAAAUUAACAAUUGUCAUGGAAAGAUACACCCAAAAUGAGUAUAAUAUAGCAAUAGUUCAAGAUUUUUACAAUGCACUCGCAAAAGGAGAUGGAGAUAAUGUCUCAAAACACUUGGCAAGUGACUUGGAGUGGUGGUUUCACGGGCCGCCUCAAUGCCAACACAUGAGAAGGGUGUUGACAGGGGAAUCAAACCAUCCGGAGUUUCAGUUCGAGCCUCGGUCCAUCACCACCAUCGACGAAGACCGUGUCAUCGCCGAGGGGUGGGAAGGAGCCCAUUCCUAUUGGGUUCAUGUUUGGACACUUAAAGAUGGGCUAAUCACACAAUUUAGAGAAUACUUUAAUACAUGGCUCACGGUUAGGGACCUCAGGCCCCAAAAUGGUAAGUGGGAAAUUAAGCCAGUGAAUGCGAAAGGGACCCUUUGGCAGAGCCAAAUAUCUGGCCUCAGUAGUACUCGGUCCAUGCCUGGCCUUGUUCUUGCUAUCUGAUGUCCUAAUUAAGUUUAAUUUCAAAUUGCUUAAAUUAGCUUUUGUUAAUUUUUUUUUGAGAGAUAGCUUUUGUUAAUUAAAUUAAUUAAAGAUGAGCUAGUUAACUGUAAACUUUAGCAUGCAAUUGUAAAGAUCUUUCCUACCGGUUUGAAUGAAUAAAUAAAUUCUAAACUCC